AAAAGUGGGCGGAGCCAGAAGGCGUGAAAAGGAUAUAUCGGGCGCGUCCGAGCCCCAUGAACCGGGUACGACUCUGUCCUUCCUCCCACAGUCUUCAAAGUGAGAGAAAGAGAGAGAGAGAGAGAGAGAGAGGGGGUCAGCCGGGCAGCCUACCUGAACCACACUCACCCAUAAACAAAAAGACAAAAGAAACUAUAAAACAAAAGAAGAAAACCAGUCACACCAAAGGGGACUUAACCGAACCAAAAAAGAGACAAAAAUGCCCGCGAACAAGGACGGAGACGGCGGCUGGAAGAGCUUUCUGUGGAAUUCCGAAAAGAAGGAAUUUUUAGGACGGACUGGCUGCAGUUGGCUUAAAAUCUUCAUCUUCUAUGUAAUCUUCUACGGCUGCUUGGCUGGCAUUUUCAUUGGCACUAUCCAGGCCAUGCUCCUGACCCUUAGCAACUACAAGCCCACGUACCAGGACAGAGUUGCACCCCCAGGCCUGUCACACACCCCUCGCUCCGAAAAAGCCGAGAUCUCCUACAGCUUGUCAGAUGAGGAUACUUACAGAUUCCUCACCAAAGCCAUGAAGGAGCUGCUGGAACCGUACAGCGAAGAAAAACAGACAGACGAAAACCAGUUUGAAGACUGUGGAGAGAAUCCUGCUAUAUACAAGAACCGUGGAGAACUCGAGAGCGACAUGGGCAAGAGAAAGGCCUGCCGUUUCAAGAAGUCCUGGCUGGGGGCCUGCUCAGGCGAGGAUCCACAUUUUGGCUUUAAAGAUGGCAAGCCCUGUAUUUUAGUCAAGCUCAACAGGAUCGUCAACUUCAGGCCGAAGGCUCCAGCCAACACAUCGCUCCCUGUGAACCUUCAAGGAAAGGUUCAAGCCAACCUGAUUCCCAUCCACUGCAGCAGCAAGAAAGAAGAAGAUGCUGGCAAAAUCGGAGAGAUCAAGUACCAUGGGAUGGGCAGUGGCUUCCCACUGCAGUACUAUCCUUACUAUGGCAAGCUGCUACAUCCUCAGUACCUCCAGCCCCUGGUGGCAGUGCAGUUUGUCAACAUUACCCAAAACACGGAUCUGCGCAUCGAGUGCAAAGUAUAUGGAGAGAACAUCGAUUACAGCGAGAAGGACCGUUAUCAGGGACGCUUUGACCUUAAACUCUAUGUCAAGUCAUGACCUCAGCUAUGAAAAUAGCACUUUUACUCUGCCCAUUUUAAAAUGUAAUAAUUUAGAGAAAAAAUAUUAAAGUUAAAAAAAAAAAACAAAAAAAACAAAACACGACUAGUCUUGAACAAACUUUCAUAACAUACGGGACCUACACUUAAUCUGUACGCUUUCCACUAGCUUUCUCUUCAUACGUCUAGGGUUAGAAUGUAAAUGACAGGAGAGUAGCAAUAGCAAAGUAUUUAUUCUACUGUAAAUGAGAAUAUUCCUUGAGCCAUGGGACAUUCGUUCAUUACUGUAAAUUAUAAUUCCACUACUGAUGUAGCGAGCAGUGUUUCUGUCCCUGAGUAUUUCUGCCUAGCGUGGUCUCUAUAUAUUUUUGGAGUGUGCAGUGCAGUAGUCACAUACAAUGGUCCUUUCCAAGCCAUGUUCUGAUUUAUGUUGUCUUAUGUGAGUAAGCUUAGUGGUCCAAGGUGUAUGGGUGUCUUUGUGCUUGCGGGUGGACGGAGAGACGGAUGAGAGCAAGGAGAACGCUGGUGCGUGGCCAUGGGUGCGUGUUUGUAUCUGUGUACUUAAAAAAAAACCCAUUAUACUGGCAUGGUACGCGCUGAUAUCCCCAGGUCUGUGAGUAAAUGACUGCACUCCGUGGAAUCCUUUUUCCUUCUCGUUUUGACUUUUUUCGUUUUGUUGAUUUUGGGGGAAGUUUGUUUUUACAUCACCGUUAUUUUUUUCUCAUUUGAUUUGAUCAUCUUGCAGUAUGGGAGUGUGGGGGUUAAUGAAUUUCUCUCUAAGGCUUAUACUUUUUCUUUAAGUGUAGAACUGUGUGUGUGUCUAGUUUGGAGGAAACUCCACGCUAGAACGGAGGCCUGUUCCUCCCUGCGGUCACCGUGCAACUCAGUGCUUUAAUUUAAAAAAUUUUGUUUGUUUUAGUUUUUUGCUGGAGACAUCACGUGACGUGGUGUAACUUUCAAAUGAAUGUUUUAGCCAUUUACAUGGUGGAAGAAUUUUAUAUUUAUGCAGUUGUACAAUUUUUUCUGCAGGAAAAAAGUGUAUUGUAUGAAUCCAGAUACCAAAGUCACUGGUGAAAGGUUAGAAUCUUAUCAGAUGCGAUGCAGUACCCCGUGUAAUAAGAUGUUUUGUCAAUGUUAAAAGUGCUUAAAAGUAAAUGCUGAACAUCAGAACACCUGUCAGGAGUUACAUCUGCUCUUGUCAUUUUAUUUAAUCCGGGUAAGACCUAAACAAAUAAAUGUACAAACAACCA